AUGCGUAGUGGCAGUCUAGUGUCGCACUAAGGAGUUAGAAAACAAAAGCCACCUCCCCAAGUCUCCUAUAUAAAUCUCUCCGAAGCGAUUCAAACUUAAAGCCCCAGGAGAGGACCGAUCAGCUACGCAUGCAGGAACAUAACCCGUUUUUGUUGUAGCCUUCUUGUUCUGAGAAGGCCACAGAGAUUGACUCUCUUGUUGGUUGUCUUGCUUCACAUGGCACGCGGACACAAAACCCAGAGGCUCAACAAGUCGUGUAUUCUCCUCACAGGUUGCUUGAAUGAGAUGCAGCCAUUGCUGGGAUCGAGAGGUUUGCGUUCAAAGGGGUGGCGUCCAAUUUAGUCACAUAUUUGACUGAUGUUAUGAAUCUAAGCAACUCGUCGGCGGCGAAGAUGGUGAACAGUUGGUGCGGCCUCACCUCCAUAAUGCCGUUGCUGGUGGCACCCAUUGCUGAUGCUUAUUACCACAAGUAUUCCACCAUCACGGCCUCCUCUUUCCUCUAUCUUUUGGGACUUGCGGCGUUGACAUCAACAGCAGUGGUAAGGUCAAGGCCUGAGGGAAAAAAAAAAAUUCCAUUUUCAUUUCUCUCUUCAUCUCUCUGUCUGGUCUCUUUAGGCCAAGGUGGGUAUAACCCAUCACUGCAAGCCUUUGGAGCAGAUCAACUUGAUGAUGACGAAGAAUUGCCCUGUAGCGAAGAAGAUAGCAAGCCCAAUAAGAAGACUGUGUUCUUCCAAUGUUGGUAUUUUGGCGUUUGCGGUGGAAGUCUGUUAGGUGUCACAGUCAUGUCCUACAUCCAAGAUACUUCUGGCUGGGUCUUGGGUUUUGCCAUUCCUGCAAUGUCUAUGGCUGUGUCUAUGUUAGUGUUCUCAUGCGGAAGCCACAUAUAUGUAUAUAAAGACAGUGAAUCCAAGACAAAGAAGCCCCUCAACAGAAUAGUUCAGUCCAUCAAAUCUUAUGCAUUGAAGUGCUUCCGUUCUAAAAUUACUCUGCCAAAAGAGGAGUCAGGAAUAAAGGAGAUGGAGCUUCAAGAAAAACCUCUCUGCUGUGAAAACAUGGAAAGCCUAAAGGAGUUGAAUGAUAAUUCUAAAAGCAGCACAGUUAUGCUAGCAAACACUACGGUUGUGCUGAGACUAAUCCCCAUAUGGACAAUGCUUCUCAUGUUCGCUGUAAUAUUCCAGCUACCUCCGACAUUUUUCACAAAACAAGGCAUGACAAUGAAGCGAAACAUUGGGGAAAAUUUCAAGAUCCCACCAGCCACUCUUCAAAGCGCUAUCACACUGUCCAUAAUACUGCUGAUGCCACUAUAUGACAGAGUUUUCAUACCAAUUGCUCAGCUUAUCAGUCGUCAGGACAAAGGUAUAAGUGUAACUCAGAGAAUGGGAAUCGGAAUGGCCCUCUCAGUGGUAGCCAUGGUGAUUGCAGCUAUGGUAGAAGUGAAGAGGCUAGAGAUUGGAAGGGAAAUGAGAGAAGCAGGAUCAAAGUCAGAAACAGUAGAUUUAAGCAUAUUCUGGCUGAUACCACAGUACGUUCUGCUGGGCAUUUCAGACAUUUUUACGGUGGUGGGGAUGCAAGAGUUUUUUUACAGUGAAGUUCCAGAGAAUAUGAGAACGCUGGGGAUUGCAUUGUAUACAAGCGUGUUUGGGGUGGGAAGCUUCGUGAGUGCUCUAUUGAUCAGUGUGGUGGAAAUAUUGACGAGCUCAAAAGGGAAACCAAGUUGGUUCUCCGAUGAUAUGAACGAGGCUCGCCUGGAUAAUUACUAUUGGCUACUGGCCACCUUGAGUGCAGUCAGCUUGUUUUUGUAUGCAAUUUUGUGUAAACAUUAUCGCAAAAAGAGCGAUUCUAGCUAGUAAUGAAAUUUUAUUUUCCUUCAA